AUGUAUAUUGAAGAUUGGGAUGAAUUUUAUGAUAAAUCAGAGCAAUUAUAUAGAACUGAUCCAAAAAGGACCAGAUUUUCAUUUAAAUUUAGACAUGUAGAAGGAAAAGUUGUUUUAAAAGUUACCAAUGAUACAGUGAACCUUAAAUUUCAAACAGAUAAAGAAAAUGAUUUCAAAAGGAUAGAUCAAAUUAAUUCUUUAUUUUUUAGACUUACUACAGAACAAUAA